AAGGAGGUAUCUUUCAACGUAUAACAAAUUAUGUUAUAAAAAAAGGAGAGGAAAUUAAAAUCAAGUUGCAACAACGCCAGCAACUUAAUGAUCCCGAAAUUUUAAAACUAUUUUUGGAAGAACAACAAGUUAAAUCUUUAAAUAAACAAAUAGAAGCUGUUAAAGAGAGAAUAAAGGAAAAUUCUGCAAAGCACGAGGAAGCCAUAGAAAAAUAUGAAACGAUAUUACGUUCUUUAAAAACAGAAUAUGACGUAUUAGUAACGAAAUAUAAGGAAGUUACUAAAAACGUAAAAGUGAUGUGCCGAGUACGACCAAGAACGGCAGACGAAAUAACACGAGCAAAACCGUUGGGUGAUAUAAUAAUCACAGAUUACGAAAUCAAAAUAAAAGCUGAAGAUACAGUAAAAUAUAACAAAUUUACAUUUCAUAAAAUAUUUACGCCGGAGGCCUCGCAAGAAGAAGUAUUCAAAGAAUUAUUCUCCUUAGUGCAAUUAGCUCUGGAAGGAUAUACAAAUGUUUGCGUAUUUGCUUAUGGCCAGGCUAGUUCUGGCAAGACGUAUACCAUGGAAGGAAAAUAUGAAACUGAAGGCAUGCUACCUAGAACAGUACGUUGUAUUCUUGAUAGAAAAAAGGAGCUUGAACUUAGUGGUUGGGAAUACCGAGUAGAAGCAAGUUUUCUGGAAAUUUAUAAUGAACGUAUCAUUGAUCUUCUCAAUCUCAAGCCUCAAUCAAACAAUAAGAAACACAAAAUACGAAUAUUUGACAGUAGUGAUCAAGAUGCAUAUGUUAGCAAUCUUCAGAUUAAAAAAAUACAAAGUCCAGAGGAGUUUAACGAGUAUCUACGGAUUGCACGUAGAAAUUUAAUUACAUCAUCUAAAUCUCAUUUAGUAGCAAGAAUACGAUUAAUUGGAACACACUCUGCGAAACAAGAAGUGUUAGUAGGAAAUCUAAACUUUGUAGAUUUGGCUGGAUCGAUUAAAAUAAAAGCCGAAGAUAAGUUGAACAAGAUUGAAAUGACAGAAGUAAUAAAUAUUAACAAAUCUUUAGCCAGUCUUAGCAAUGUAAUUUUAGCGCUUCUAAAAAAACAAAAACAUAUUCCUUAUAGAAAUUCUAAAUUGACACAUGUACUUAUGCCUACUUUGAGACGCAAUUCGAAAAUUUUGAUGGUAUUAAAUAUAUCUCCACUAUGCGAAAGUUACAAUGAAACAUUAAAAUCGCUGAAAUUCGUUAGUAACGCCAUUAAUUGCUGAAAAAUUUUGCAGAUUACGACUAAUUGAAUUUGGACGUGUUAAGUCUGAUUAUAAAAGUAGUGUCACGUUAUAUUUUUUAAGAUGUUUUAUUUUUAUAUGAUUAUAAUGUCCUUAAUUAUCUGAUUCUUUUA